AUGCCAAAGGCACCUGAUGACCGUAUUUCCAUNGUGCUUAAUUGGGCUCUUCUCCUGAAUAACAAUUCACGUAAAGAAUCUACAGCUGGAGAAAUGGUGAACUUGAUGUCAGUGGAUGCCCAGCGACUCAUGGAUCUUCUUACCUAUGUAAACGUCUUGUGGUCAGGUCCGCUCCAAAUCAUCAUUUCAUUGUAUUUCUUGUAUAAUACAAUGGGUGUGUCCAUUCUGGCUGGUCUGGGGGUCAUGUUGCUCUUGAUUCCAUCAAAUAUCUUAAUCAGCCGAGUUGCAAGAAAACUUCAGGUAGGUAGCUUUCUUUUUGGCAUGGUUAAUGUGGCUAAAUGUAUCAGGGUUGGUAAGUAUUCCACUGACUGCUUCAGUGUAACAGUGCCUCCGGUGGUGUCAAUAGCUACCUUCGCCAUUUAUGUGCUGACUGGCAAUGAGCUAACAGCUUCCAAAGCAUUUGUUGCAAUUUCGCUCUUCAACAUUCUACGUUUUCCACUGGUCAUGCUUCCGAAUGUGAUAAUUAGCCUGAUCCAGGCCCGAGUUUCCCUGAAACGUUUGACAGAGUUUCUAAGCCUUGAAGAACUUGAUGCAGAUAAUGUAGAGAAGACCAUGCCAGAUCACAGUGAGUCUUGUCAAUUCAAGAAGUUGCAGCAAUUAUUUAACAAGCUAAAGACACAAAUGGAAAAUGACAUGAAGUAUCGUCAACACUACAUGGCAUUCAAGCAAGACAUUGUGGAAAAGGGUUUUGCUGUAAGGGUGCCACAUGACCAACAACCCGAUGAUGAUGGAAAGUCGUGUGCAACCUUCAUGGGCCAUUCAUUAAACAAGUACCUCCUACAAGGUCCAGACUCCCUGGUUGGCGUCCUCUGUCGAUUCAGAAAGGAAUUGAUAGAAUUCAUGUGUGACCUGGAAGCUAUGUUCCACCAGUCCAAGGUUGGUACUUAUACAGAGCUGGUUAAGAACAGGGGCGCAUUCGCUGAGUUUCUGAAAACAUACGCAACAGAGGAGCAAACAAAGCUUACAUAUGCCGAGGAUCCUGCACCAGAGGCGAUCAUGCCAGAUAUCGAGGAUGUCGAUGGACGCUGGAAUGGACGCCAAAGCGUGGAGCGGUUGGACAGCCAUCUUGAUAUACCUCUUAGAAAACGAGCUGACAGUAUAUCGGUUAUAACUGUUGAUACCGCUGACCUGGAUUGUCAGUUUACAAGACCAGAUCAGGAAGGGGACAAGAUGAUUGAAGAAGAGAGAUCCAAAACUGGAAAGGUUAAACUUUCAGUGUUCUGGGAAUACGCCAAGUCACUCACAGUUCCACUCUCCGCGUUUGGUUCUUUCGUGCGUUCGUUCGUUCGUUCGUUCGUUUGUUCGUUCGUGUGCUCCUUCGCUCAUUCGUUCGCUCGUACGUUCGCUAGUUUUCUCGCUCAAAAGAAUUUUAGUCCGUCUGCGAACAAGAAACCUGCUUGUAAUGACAAGACAUUGUUUAUAGAAGAUAUGUCCAUAGCAACAAUGAAUCCACAUUGUGAGGGUUCAUGUAGUAGUGUAGUUAAUAUCUGUAUACUGUCAGCAUAUAAUAAUAUAAUAGAUAUUUGUUCAAUGCAUUCUUCUCACCAGACGCGCGUCCUUGUGACCCAUGGCAUUGCUUUUCUUCCUCAAGUUGAUCAGAUUAUUGUGUUACAAGAUGGUAGAAUAUCAGAGGUUGGUACUUAUACAGAGCUGGUUAAGAACAGGGGCGCAUUCGCUGAGUUUCUGAAAACAUACGCAACAGAGGAGCAAACAAAGCUUACAUAUGCCGAGGAUCCUGCACCAGAGGCGAUCAUGCCAGAUAUCGAGGAUGUCGAUGGACGCUGGAAUGGACGCCAAAGCGUGGAGCGGUUGGACAGCCAUCUUGAUAUACCUCUUAGAAAACGAGCUGACAGUAUAUCGGUUAUAACUGUUGAUACCGCUGACCUGGAUUGUCAGUUUACAAGACCAGAUCAGGAAGGGGACAAGAUGAUUGAAGAAGAGAGAUCCAAAACUGGAAAGGUUAAACUUUCAGUGUUCUGGGAAUACGCCAAGUCACUCACAGUUCCACUCUCCGCGUGUAUCGUAUUGUUUUUCAUUCUCUCCGAGACCUCUGCAGUCUCGUCAGGAAUCUGGCUUGCUAGAUGGAGUUCCACAGACGUGACUUCAGACGAUGAGCGCGAUCUCUUCCUUGGUGUUUAUGGCGCGCUGGGCAUGUCGCAAGCUAUCUUCAUUCUUUUUGCUUCCAUUGCCAUGGCGGCUGGCUCACGAAUUGCGUCGCGGCAUCUCCAUCAGAAAAUGUUGGUCAACAUCAUGCAUUCUCCCAUGUCAUUCUUCGAGACCACCCCGCAGGGGAGGAUCAUGAACCGCUUUUCCAAGGACAUCAGUGGUAUUGAUGACAUGGUGCCCAGAUCUCUGACCUCGUUCCUCCGGACCUUUCUGUCUGUCAUUGGUACAAUGUUUGCGAUUACUUAUGCCACACCAAUCUUUCUGGCUGUGAUCGUUCCUUUGGGAGUCUUGUAUUUUUUUAUACAGAGAAUUUACGUAGCAAGCUCACGCGAGCUGAAGCGGAUUGAAUCUGUUAGCCGCUCACCAAUAUACAACAACUUCCUGGAGACUAUCAACGGCACCACCACCAUCCGAGCCUUUGCGCAACAGCAGCGCUUCAUACGGGGUAAUUAUUUCCUGGUGGAUGAAAACCAAGUGGCUUACUACCCUUCAAUGUCGGCAAACAGUUGUUUGUUUGUUUUUAUCACCAAGGUAACCGCAACUCUUAACUGGAUGGUACGGAUGAGCAGUGAACUGGAGACAAACAUUGUAUCCGUGGAGCGAGUGAAGGAAUAUUCAGAAACACCUGCAGAGGCUGAGUGGAUCAUUCCAGACAGCCGACCCCCAGAUGAGUGGCCUGAUGCAGGGAACAUUGUGAUAGACGAGUUUGACCUGAAAUACAGGGAAGGAUUACCUCUUGUACUGAAACAGAUCAACUGUGAUAUUAAACCAGGAGAAAAGGUACACUUGGUUUGAGUUAAAGUUGAUUAACUGUGAAAUUCCCCGGUGAAAAACG